AUGAUGCCGAGAUCCACGGCAGCAGUGGCAGUCUUCAGCCCGAAGAAAAAGGAAACGAUCCCGCGGGAGCACGGAACAGAGGGAAAUGUAUGUCCACGCUCUACUCAGGGCCCGAGUAAGCUCAUACUGACAAGGUGGAUAGCGACCCAAAAUGCGUCAAAUCAGACACAUUCCGAUAAAGACACAAUACUGAGACUCCAAGCUCUGAACAACACUCAAGCGGCCGAGUUCGAGCCCACCGUCUUCGUGACCUGGGACAUGAAAGAUCUCGCAAAAUUGCCUAGCAUACUAAAAAGGCUAAUACAAGCCUACAUUGCGACUGCGCGACAGAUAGUUCGUGUCGAGACAGACGUUGUCAUGCUCACACAUCUUAUCCUCUACUUCACUACGUCAGUCCCGAGCGCCCUCUACCUUUUCGGGCCUGGAAACUUCACCUGGGUCCACGGCAUCCUGCACUGGAUUAUGCAAUCCUACUAUGUAGGCACGUAUACGCUCAUGAUGCACCAGCACAUCCAUAUGGGCGGGAUCCUAAAAAAGAGUUUCUGGUGGUUUGACGGGUUGUUUCCGUACAUCACGAACCCGCUGAUGGGCCAUACCUGGAACUCAUAUUACUACCAUCAUGUCAAGCACCACCAUGUUGAAGGAAAUGGGCCAGGUGACCUGUCUUCGACGAUCCGGUACCAGCGCGAUGAACUGAUCGACUUUCUGUGCUAUGUCGGCCGCUUUUUCUUCUUCAUCUGGGCCGAGCUGCCGCUUUACUUCUGGCGCAAGGGAAAGUUCGGUAUGGCGGCCAAAGCUGCGUUCUGGGAACUAGGAAACUACCUCGUUGUGGCGCUGCUCUGGCAUUAUGUCAAUUGGAGAGCGACGUUAUGUGUCUUCGUCUUGCCGCUUCUGCAGCUGCGUGUGGGAUUGAUGGUGGGUAAUUGGGGACAACACGCCUUUGUCGACGAGGUCGAUCCGAAUUCGGACUUUCGGUCGAGUAUUACUCUUAUUGAUGUUCCUAGCAACCGCUUCUGUUACAAUGAUGGUUAUCACACGUCUCACCACCUUAACCCCCGCCGACACUGGCGCGAGCACCCGGUUUCCCUCCUGCAGCAGAAAGACCGCUAUGCGGCAGAACACGCGCUCGUAUUCCGCAACAUCGACUACAUCAUGAUCACGAUACGGUUGUUGCGCAAGGACUACGCGUAUCUUGCGAAAUGCCUAGUACCAAUCGGCGAGCAGGUGGGCAUGAGUAUGGACGAGAGGGCGGAGAUGCUCAGAAGGAAGACGAGGAGGUUUAGCGAGAAAGAUGUUAGAGCAAAGUUCUGA